AUGGCAUCUACUGUCGGGGACCCAUCUACGACGACCAUCUCCACGAGAUCCUAUUAUCACGUGCUCCAGAUCGAUGGGUACUCAACAAUCUUUGAUACCCUAGCCGAUUUUUCUUGUAUCGAUUCACUCCCGUUCGACGCAGGAGGCUAUAGAUGGCACAGGAACUUCAACCCCAAGGGAUCCAGACCAGAAACUGCCGAUUUCAUCGCUUUAUUUCUCCUCCUUGCUGAUCCUGUCGAUGGUGAGGCCGUGACAGCAAACAUAACAUUCAGUCUGCUCAACCCAGACCUGCAGGAUUCAGCGUCGCUCUACCGACGCACCGGCAUCGCGCCGGUUGCCUUCUCCAAAGUGAAUCGGGAGUGUGGGUACCGUAAAUUUAUCAAAAGGGAAUGCUUCGAGCGGUCCAGUAAGUUCCUAAAAGAUGAUCGUUUCGCCAUUAGGAUAGACGUACACAUUGUGAAGAGAGCGUCGUCAUCAUCCAUGGUGGUUCCACCGUCUGAUCUGCACCGGCAUCUCCAUGGCCUCUUGUCAAGCAAGGAGGGUGCCGACGUCGAGCUGCGAGUCGGCGGGGAGAAGUUUGCGGCGCACCGGCUGGUGCUCGGGGCACGGUCAUCGGUCUUCAAGGCGGAGCUCUUCCACCAAACGGAGGGCAGCACCAGCACCAAUGCCGUCAUACAGAUACAAGACAUGGAUGCACGAGUGUUCAGGGUUCUGCUUACUUUCAUAUACACAGACGUGUUGCCAGACAUGGAUCAUCAGGAUGAGUUUGCAAUGACUGGACGUCUGAUUGUUGCGGCGGACAGGUACAACCUGCAAAGGCUGAAACUAAUGUGUGAAGAUAGGCUGUGCGGCCACAUUGGUACGGCCUCCGUGGCAACUAUCUUGGCACUAGCUAAAAAGCACCACUGCCCUAGUCUUAAGCAGGCAUGCUUCGAGUUCCUAGGCUCCUUCGUAGCUCUCUCUAAAGUCAUUGGAACUAAACAGUUUGAGUAUUUAGAGCUUAGCUGGCCUAACGUCAUGAAUGAGCUAAUAUGCAAUGUUAUUGCUCGCUACGAGGAAAAGAAACAGAUUGUUGGGUGCAACAAUCAAGAGAUCCAUGAGAGUGUCAUGCUUUUCAGAUGA